CACAAUAUAACUGAAAUAUGUUUCUUUAAACUGUUAAGUUUUACUCUGCCCAAAUAUGACACAUAUAUAGACUGUUCUGGGUAGCACAUGACAUGUGUACCCAUGCUGGCAAUAUCGUUAUAAAUCCCUCACACAUUGGUUAACCUAGCUAUCACAGACAAUGGGAGACUCCAGUAGGUGCCAUGUAACGGCUCCGGAGUCUUCUCAUGGCGUUUGGUGUCCCAUGGACAUCAAUGAGUCUAACAUGAUGCCGUUGCUUCCGAAUACCGCUUGUAGUGAUGAAGCUCGUGCGCUUGAUACUACUAGGGAAAUGUCAUCCAUACCACGUACGGAAUCAGGUGAAAAAUGGACAUAUCCAUCCCCAAUGCAGUUUUACAAUGCCUUGGCAUUGAAGCAAAAGACAAAUCCCGAUGAGGCUGCGUUCAUGAAUGAAGCUGUUAUGGCCCAUAAUACUGUCAACGAACGGUCCUGGUCCAAAGUGAUGGAAUGGGAGCGUAUUCAUGCUAGGACAUGCUCUAAUCCGCAACUACGGCGCUUCGUAGGACGGUAUGGCAAGGAGUCCCCAAGAUCACUUUUACAUCGCUAUUUUUGGGGCAUGGGCCAAGCGUUUGACCGACAUGAUUGGUACAUCAAUCGGUGUGGGCGUGAAGUACGCUAUAUCAUAGACUACUACGAUGAUCCCAGAGCUGGUGACGAUAUACAGGUAUAUAUCGACGCAAGACCGGCUUUGGAUUCUUUCGGUUCUUUAUACGAUCGCAUUAGGAUGGCAUUUGCCAGGAAAGGUUGAUUGGCAUUGAACAGGUUCAGAUACACUAGAUCUAGUUAAA